CAUCCAUUUCUAUUUCCCCACAUCAAAAUCUUUUUCCAAUACAAACCCAACGAACAUGGCAUCUGAGCAACUAAGCCGUAGAGACAACACUACAAAUGAAAGAGAGAUUCAAGUGGAGAAAGAAAGAGUUCCACAGUUGACAAGCCAUUUUGAAGCUAUAGCGGGGCAGGGGAAAGCUACAAUUCCAGAGAAAACAGAGGAGAAACAGAGAAGUGGUGCAAGUGGAGGGAGGAAAGAGGUCCAUGGUAUCAGCAUUGCUAAGGGGGAACUUCCUGGAAGAGAGGAGGAAAGAAAAAGAGUUGAAGGUGAAGGUGGAAAGCCAAAUGAGACUCAUGAACUGGCUUCUCAAUUCGAGUCACUUGCUCAAAAAGUAAGAGACAACAGAGAGACUGAUACUGAAAAUGAAAGGCAGAGACAAGAUCGUGAGAAUGAGCAGAGAGUUUCAAAACAGAGGGAUUCAGAACAAGCAAAAGAGAAAGAAGGUGAGAUAGGAACCCGUCAAAAUCAACCAUCUCUUGACGAAAUUUCAAAUUACAGAGCUAUAGCACAGGAGAGAUCUAACGAGGCAAUACGAGCGGCGAAGGAACGCUAUGAAAAAGCGAACAAAGAAUCACUCCACCAAGGAGUUGAAGGCAAAACGGAGGAAUCAGAACAGCGAGAGACAGAAGAAGGUGAAGAGAAUACAGUUGAAGUAGGAGGUGAACGGACAGGUUUAGAGACAGUUAAAGAGACAUUAACAAGUGCUGCGAAGACAGCAAAAGAUUACACCGUACCAAUAGCAGAGAAGGCCAAAGAUUACACAGUUCAAAAGGCAAUAGAAGCCAAAGAUAUUACAGUCUCCGCAGGACAAACAACAGCUCAUUACCUUGGAGAGAAGGCAGUAGCAGCGAAAGAUGUUGCAGUAGAAAGCGGGAAAGUAGCAGCUGAAUAUGCAGGAAAAGCAGCAGAGGAUUUGAAGGAUAAGGCAGUGGUUGCAGGGUGGAGCACAGCUCAUUACUCAUGUGACACAGCGAUGGAAGGGACGAAAGCGGCGGCAAGGCUCGUGAAGGGAGCUGCAGAGUAUGCUGGAGCCAUAGCAGGGAAGCCACUGUCUGCCGCAAAGAAUGUGGCUCAAUCAACAGGGGAGAGUGUGAAGGAGUACACAGCAAGGAAGAAAGAAGUAGCAGAGAGAGAAGCCACGUACAAGACAGGUGAAAAAGAAACCAUGUAUGAAAAAACCAAAGGAACUUUUGAAGGAGGGAAAGAAGAACUGAAGGGAAGAGGAAAUGAGAAGAGAGUGGAUGAUGAUGGAGGGAUAUUGGGGGCAAUUGGGGAGACCAUAUAUGAGAUUGCACAAACCACUAAGGAGAUAGUAAUUGGGGACGGUGAUGAAAGUGGAAAACAGAGUAAAUUAGGCUUUGAGAUUGGGGAGGAAGAGCAAUAUGAAACUGAUACAAGGAAGGAACAGAGAGGCUUAUAGAAAGUUAAGAACAGUUUUUAUUUCUUUUGAAGCUUAUCAUGUGUUUUGAUGUUUCUGUUUAUGUGAGGUGAAUAAAUAUUUGAGUUUGUGUGCGUGUUGUUUUCCUUUUUGUGUUUUCGAGUUGGAUAAAUUUUGUUGUUGUGUAUAGUUGGUGUAGAGAUGAAAGUCAUAUAUGAAGUAAGGAGGAAUUAUUACUAUUCGUA